CUAGAGUAUGCACAGAUGAAACGACUUGAAGAAACAUCUCAUAGAAUAGGUGUGUGGAGUUACAAUCUUCAAAAAUGUAGCAAUUGAAAAUUUUACGUUUCUCUUCAAAGUCAUGUUUUAUCUUGUGUACUUACAAGUACCCGCUUCAUAAGGACUUCCUAUAAUAAAGCCCAAAGUUUGUGGUUGAUGCUUAAUCAUCGGAAAGAGAAUCCAUUUCUUUUGUUAAUUCUUACAGGUUGUAUUUUGAGGAAGGUGAAUGCUCAAAUUCGUCAUUCCUUUUAGUGGAGAAAUAUAUCUCGAGAUGAUGGAAAUUAUGUCCCUUUACCACUACAUAUAAGUUGGUUCAAGUUGAUUGAGUUGUUUGAGAGUGGUUCUGCAAAAUAAAAAACGAAAUAAUGGAUGAUCGGAUUGUUCUUGACAAGGGUGGGAAAAGGCAGCUGCCUCAGUGGAUGUUUGCUAGGUCUGCUGCUGAUCAAGUAAAGGAAAAAGUCAAAACUGAUCAUGUAGACAGUAAUAAAAAUAAUACAGAGGAGGAGAUUGUUGCCCAGAGGCGGAAAAACAGAAAGAUCAAGGAUAAAAAGGAAACAUUCAUUGAGGAGUCGUCCACUCAGCUCCCAAUAUGCCAAACAACAAAAAGAACCAGAAGAAAGUUAAACCUACCAAAUGAUGAUUGUAAUGAUGAAAGAGUUUUAAUGGGGAGUGAAUGUGACAACACUAAAGUAAAUGGUGAUGGAGAAUUAACUAUGUUGAGGAGACAGAAACAGAAAACAAAGAAUUACAAGACCGAGGGGGGUGAUGAGAUGGAAGGGGCAACAACCAAAGCAAGUGAUGGAAACGUCUCAAGGAAGAGAAAAGCCAGCAGGGUGAAGGAAAAUUCUAGUGAAGCUGGCCCUAAUUUAAGGAGGCAGAAACAGAAAACAAAGAAUUCCAGGAAAGGGAAUUGUGCUGAUGUUGAAGAGUCAACACCAAAAACAGAUGCAGAGGAUUUGACUAUUGAUGAUCUAAUGAGCAUAGCGGAAGAGUAUGCUGGUGAUGCUGAUGCUGAGGAAGAUUUGACCGUUGAAGAUUUAAUGACCAUUGCCAAGGAGUAUGUGAAUGACAAUGAGCAAGCUGCAUCAGGUAAAGAAAAAAAGGGUCCAACGGAGGAUGCUAUUUCCAUGUCAAUAGGCUCGUUAAGUUGCAUUGAAGUUGACAAUCAACCUUUGAGAAGAGACACAAAUUCUGAUGGUAUUUCCAUUCAAGAAAGAACACUUGAAGAUGCUCCUCCUGAGCUUAACAUGUCGGACAAUCCUACCCAAGACAUGUUAGAUUUGUUUUUGGGACCCCUGUUAAAGAAAACUCGCGAGGAGAAAAGAGUUGAACUAGUUAGAGAAGAAAUGACUUUAGCUCGUGAUCUGAACGAGAAAGCCCGAAAUGAUCCUUCUGAGGAUCGGCCAGUUUUGGUUAAAAAGAAAAGCAGUCUCAAAGACAAGGUAUCUCUGUUCCUUGACUGAUAGUUCCGUGGGUAAAGGACUGGAAGAGUAAAUAUAGUUGAUAUCUCAUAUCUGAAUAUAAUUUAUCAGAUUUCACUGAAGCAUUUACUUGUCUGCAUAUAGAUCCCAUGAGAGUAUCUUUAUUUGUAGAUUCUUCAUAGUAGUUUUUCCUUUAUCUCAUCAUUGUACAGUAAUUAUGAGAAUUCGAUAUCCAGUUAUACGAAGGAGCAUUUUUCCACGAAAAUAAAUGGACUUAGAGAAAGAAUCCCAAAUA